AUGUCUGCUUAUCUGUUGAGUCACCCCAACAACACUCUAUGGGACUACUUCAAGAUUGAGAGACGACAGAAGAAGGCGAUGAAGAAGAACCUGCCGUUGAAGGAGCGGGUCAAGAACGCCGUUAAGGGGUUCGUUGACUACACGGCCGAUACUCUUAUCGCCAUGGCGCAGACUCUCGCGGAUGCGAUCGAGUGGAUCAUCAACACUAUCCGGAACCCUCUCGUCGGAGUCAAGCAGAUCACCAGCUUCUUCAAGGAGUUCGGCAAAAACAUCAAGUCGCUGUGUGGGCUUAUGAAAGAGGACCCGAAGGAGACGGCCGAGAACAUGGCUGGUGGUUUACUGCUCCACAUUACGCACCACCCGUCCGAGUUCACAGCCGAGACUGUGCUGAUGAUCAGUGGUGGAUUCGCUGUGAUCGGUGGUCUGAUGGCUGGUGUGGAGGCUGUCUUCGGUACGAUGAGCAACGUCAUUUCCAACGUCUUGUUGUCCGUGCUGAUGUUCAUCCACGCCAUCGAUAACCCGAUCUACAUCGUCACCCCACUAGUCACGUCCAUUGUCGACACAGCUAGCACGCUCGCAGCUGGUGGCAACUCCACUGACAGUAUUGCACUUACAGUCGAUGCGAUUGAGCCCUUGGAGACGUGCCAGAUUCCGGAAGAGUUCCGCCCGGUCUUCUCCUUACGUGACCUGUGCCUGAAUAACCCCAAGCAGGUUCGUCAGCUGAUCUUUGGCACAUACAAGCGCGCGGCGCAGAUGACCCAGCAAGAGCGAAUUGCUGCAUACAACCGCUUCCACGACCUGAAAGACCAGGACUGA